CUGCAUCAGCCAAUUAGCUUCGCUGUUUUGCAGGGGGCGUGCGGCUUCAUGCGCCCAGUCCAAGGCGUAGCAACCUAGCUACCCUAGCACAGCUAGCGGCAAACACGUCGCUUCAGGAACAGGAAGGAGUAACCCAACUGUCUGCUCCUACACAGAACACCUGGCCUGACAGCAUCUGCCCGGCUGCACCACCUCACCAUGCCGCCUCCCCUCCGUCACCGCGCUGUGCGGAUCUUCAUGAAUGACGACCGGCACGUGAUGGCCAAACACUCGGCCGUCUACCCCACACAGCAGGAGCUGGAGGCUGUGCAGAACAUGGUGUCCCACACUGAGCGUGCCCUCAAGGCCGUCUCUGAUUGGCUGGAUGAGCAAGAGAAGGUGGCGGUGAAGCCAGAUCCUGAUGGAACGGAGGGGGAAAGCGAGCACAGGGCCCAGGAGCACGUGACCCGCUCCCUGCGGGGGGUGAUGAGGGUGGGACUGGUGGCCAAGGGCCUGCUCCUGAAGGGAGACCUGGACCUGGAGCUGGUGCUACUGUGUAAGGACAAGCCCACCGCCGGCCUGCUCAACAAGGUGGCCCUCAACCUGGCCGUGCAGCUCAAGGCCAUCACCGAGGACAAGUACGUGGUGACCCAGUCGGUGCGAGAUGCCACCAUCAUAAUCAAGAGUAGCAAGGAGCCUCCUCUGAGCCUGACCAUCCACAUGACCUCUCCCCUGGUCCGCGAGGACGCCGAGAAGGCUGCCGCCGGAGAAACGCUCUCAGGCAGCGACCCGCCGGAUGUUCUGGACAGGCAGAAAUGCCUGACUGCACUGGGGUCUCUCCGCCACGCUAAGUGGUUCCAGGCGAGGGCCAAUGGGCUGCGUUCCUGCGUCAUCGUCAUCCGCAUCCUCAGAGAUCUUUGCUCCCGUGUCCCCACCUGGGCCCCGCUCAGAGGCUGGCCGUUGGAGCUGCUGUGUGAGAAGGCCAUUGGAACAGGGAAUCGACCAAUGGGAGCAGGAGAAGCUCUGAGGAGAGUUCUAGAAUGUCUUGCUUCUGGGAUCCUCAUGGCAGACGGUUCUGGAAUCUGCGACCCCUGUGAGAAGGAGCUGACUGAUGCCAUCGCACACCUGGACACCCAACACAGAGAGGACAUCACACAGAGCGCACAGCAUGCCUUGAGGCUGUCUGCAUUCGGACAGUUGCACAAGGUGCUGGGCAUGGACCCCCUUCCCUCCAAGAUGCCCCGCAAGCCUCGCGGAGAAGCUCCCAUCGAUUACACAGUCCAAAUCCCUCCCAGCACCACGUACGCCCCUCCCAUGAAGAGGCCCAUAGAGGAGGAGGAAGGAGGCGACGACAAGAGUCCAAAUAAGAAGAAGAAGAAGCUGCAGAAGAAAUCCCCAGAUGAGAAGGCCGACCCCCCCCAGACCAUGAACGCUCUGAUGCGUCUGAACCAGUUGAAGCCGGGCCUGCAGUACCGGCUGGUCUCCCAGACAGGGCCGGUCCAUGUGCCGGUGUUCACCAUGGCGGUGGAGGUGGACGGCAAGCCCUUCGAGGCCUCUGGGCCCUCCAAGCGCACCGCCAAGCUGCACGUAGCCGUCAAGGUGCUGCAGGACAUGGGUCUGCCCACAGGGGUGGAGUUAAAGACGUCAGAGCCGGUGAAGGAGGAAGUGGAGCCGGCAGUGGAGGAAAUGAAGCCUUGUGCCCCGCCCACCCCGGAGACAGAGGUCCCCCCUGCCACAGCACCCGCCAAAACAGAACCUACCGACACCGCUGAGAGCGCGCGCCAGGGCCCCAUCCUGACCAAGCAUGGGAAGAACCCGGUGAUGGAGCUGAACGAGAAGAGGCGUGGCCUGAAGUACGAGCUCAUCUCAGAGACGGGAGGCAGCCACGACAAACGCUUCGUCAUGGAGGUGGAGGUGGAUGAGCAGAAGUUCCAAGGUACAGGGUCCAAUAAGAAGGUGGCCAAGGCAUACGCUGCCCUGGCUGCACUGGAGAGCCUCUUCCCAGAGGGCGCCGUGGUCGAGGCAGCCAAGAAGAAGAAGGGACCUCCCAUGCAGCCCGGCUUCAGCCCAGUUGGGGCUCCUCCGGGAGAGCCUGCAACCAGCCCUCGAGGCCGGGGGCGGGGCCGGGGGCGGGGCCGGGGCAGGGGCUUCAACAAUGGUGGAGGCUACGGUCAAGGUGGCUUUGGUACUUUUGGUUUUGGGAACAACGGCAGCUCUGGAUACAGUGACUUUGUCUCAGACUGCUACCACGAAUUUGCGACAUAGAUCGUCCCGAUCGCCCCCCCCCCCCCCCCAAGCUUAAAAACACUAGAGAAAGAGGACACAGUGCAGUAGUGUUCCUUCCUGCAACACAAACUGCUGUCCUGCUGCGCCCCCCUGGAGCCCCCCUACCCCCCUUUCCUUCCUGCCGCCCCCUCACCUGUAGCCCCCCAGAGACACCUGCCCCUUGGGCCUCCUCCUACCUGCCUACCAGGAACACACGGACACCUUGAUCUGCCUAUGCCCCGCCCACCCACUUCCUGUUACAAUGCCGCCUUGUGGCACCUGAAUGGAGAAGUUGUCUGUUGUGGAUGGACAGGUGUAAAGCUGCUUGCUGGGGUGACACACCCCUGCCCCUCUCUCCUCCCCCAACUCAUCUGCAAGCUGCUCUCUGACUCUGAUUUUCUUGUAAGGCUGUGAUGACGUGUUUUAAAUCAAACCACUUCCAAUCAGUGUUUCAACAACUGUUCUGCUCCUGGUUCUUGCUGAACUUGUUUAGCUUGACUGAAUCUUUUUUGUUGACUGAAAUAUUUGCCAUGAAAUUCUUAUUACGUUUGUAUAAUGGGCACAACAUGAUAUGACGCUGGAUCCUGUUUCUAUGGUAGCUAGUUAGAUAGCAGUCAGAUAUGUUGCCUCUAUGAUGAUAUCAUGAGUAUGAUUGUGAAGGAAACAUUUUCAUAAUUUUUUUACACAAAAGAAAUAAAGGUUAUCCUCCGAAAACACUAAAUGUAAUUUAAGUGGAAAUUUCUGCAUCAUGAGCUGGUUAUCAACCGAGGAGUCCGUCUGUGGAUGACGUCCGUCUGUGGAUGACGUCCGGCUGUGGAUGACGUCCGGCUGUGGAUGACGUCCGGCUGUGGAUGACGUCCGGCUGUGGAUGACGUCCGGCUGUGGAUGACGUCCGGCUGUGGAUGUCUUCCGGCUGUGGAUGUCUUCCGGCUGUGGAUGACGUCCGGCUGUGGAUGGCGUCCGGCUGUGGAUGGCGUCCGGCUGUGGAUGACGUCCGGCUGUGGAUGUCGUCCGGCUGUAGAUGACGUCCGACUGUAAAUGUUAUCCGGCUGUAGAUGACGUCCGGCUGUGGAUGUUGUCCGGCUGUAGAUGCCUUGUAG